AUGCCGCCACACGUCGCCGAUGACGAGCAGCUCGCCUCCUUCGGGCACAAGGCCGAGCUGCAGCGGAACUUCUCCCCGCUCGCCAUGCUCGGCCUCGCUUUCGCCAUCCUGAACUCAUGGACUGCGCUCUCUGCUUCUCUCUCCCUCGCCCUCCCAAGUGGUGGUCCUACUUCCGUGAUAUGGGGUCUUGUCAGUGCUGGCAUCUGCAACCUCUGUCUGGCGGCUUCCCUCGCCGAGUUCCUCUCCGCCUAUCCGACAGCCGGCGGCCAGUACCACUGGGUCGCAGCUAUUGCCUGGAAGCGGUGGGUACCGAUCCUGUCCUGGAUCACGGGCUGGAUUAAUGUUGGGGGCUGGAUCGCGCUCGUUGCGUCGGGAGGUCUGCUGGGAAGCCAGCUGAUCGUUGGGGUAAUUACGUUCAUGCAGCCCGAGUAUGAGGCGCGUGCUUGGCACCAGUUUCUCAUCUACAUUGGAUACAAUCUUGUUGCUUUUCUAAUCAACGCUUUCAUGACGAUGACCCUCCCUAUCAUCACGAAAGCCGCGUUUUUGUGGUCCAUCGCCGGCUUUGUCGUCAUCUCAAUCACGGUCCUGGCGUGUGCAUCGCCGAACUACUCAUCUGGAGAUUUUGUGUUUAGGGAAUUUAUAAAUGAGACUGGAUGGCCUGAUGGCAUUGCCUGGCUGCUUGGUCUUCUGCAGGCGGGGCUGGGCUUGACGGGCUUCGAUGCUGUUGCGCACAUGGUUGAAGAGAUCCCUAACGCAUCCGUCGAAGGCCCCAAGAUCAUGAUAGCAUGCGUUGGUAUUGGAAUCUUUACAGGCUUUAUCUUCCUUACUGUCUUGCUCUUCGUUGCCGGGAAUGUCAAUGACGUUAUCACUUCCUCCGCUGGGCCAUUGCUGCAGAUAUUUUACAAUGCCACGCAAAACCGUGCUGGUUCUAUCUGCCUAUUAGUAUUCCCUCUCGUGUGCUUACUCUUCGCCACCAUCAGUAUCAUGACGACCUCCAGCCGCAUGGCGUGGGCCUUCGCCAGAGACGGCGGUCUUCCCUUCUCCAAAAUCUUCGCCACCGUUCACCCCAAAUUGGGACUACCCCUGAAUGCGCUCAUCCUGACCGUUCUCCUCGACGUGAUCUUCGGCUGUAUCUUCCUUGGCUCCAGUAGCGCCUUCAACGCCAUCAUCUCUGCCUCUGUCGUCGCCCUCGGUAUCUCCUACGCCAUCCCUAUCGCCGUGAACUGUCUACGCGGGCGUACCAUGCUCGGCGAGCGCCCCUUCGUGCUCUCCCCAGUCUUAGGCUGGACCGCUAACAUCAUCGGCAUAAUCUACGUCCUCGUAACAACCGUGCUCUUCGUCUUCCCGCCCACGCUCCCUGUCACGGGCUCCAACAUGAACUACUGCAUCGUAGCCUUCGCCAUCGUCAUCAUCAUCGCUACCAUCCAGUGGUUCGUCGAUGGGAAGAAGAACUUCCACGGCCCGCAUAUCGACCUGGUGGUGCUGACGGAGGACGAGGCUCUGCAUGUCGAUCCUACUCUCCGCGGGUCGGAGGAGGAUGGGAAGAAAUCGGCGACUUGA